AUGAGCAGGCAAGAAUUCACUUGGGAAGAAAAAGAGAAUUACGCAGCAAAAAUGUCGAUUCAAACUUAUGGCUUCAACAUGAUUGUUUCCGAUAAAAUCCCACUUGAUCGGGUUCCAGAUGAUCUGAGGGAUCAGAAAUGCAAACAUGUCGACUACCCGGAAAAUCUUCCUGAAGUUUCUGUCAUCAUCGUCUUUUUUAAUGAAGGAUGGAGUACAUUUCUCCGAACCGUCCAUUCUGUGAUAAAUCAAACGCCGAAAAAGCUUCUUGGGGAAAUAAUUCUCAUCGAUGACGGCAGCACCAGAAACCAUUUGAAAGAAAAACUAGACGAGUACAUUCAGCGCUGGAAUGGACUUGUCAAAAUUCAUCGAAACGAAAAUCGCGAAGGUCUGAUCCGCGCCCGGUCUAUUGGCGCAUCUCUUGCGAUCAAAGAGGUUCUUGUUUUUCUCGAUGCUCAUUGUGAAGCCGAGUACAACUGGCUCCCGCCACUUCUAGCUCCGAUAGCGAGGAAUGAUCGAAUCGCGACGGUGCCGAUUAUCGACAAGAUUGAUGCGAAUUAUUUCAAUUUUUCGGCGCAAGGUGGAACUGAUGAUUUGGGUAGAGCAAUAGGUGGAUGGGACUGGAGACUGACUUGGAAAAGAAUACCUUUCCAAGAAAAAGGCGAGAAGAAAAGACUCGUGUCAAAAAUCGAACCCUAUCCUAGUCCGGCAAUGGCAGGUGGACUUUUCGCGAUCAAUCGACAGUACUUCAAAGACUUGAAAUUCUACGAUCCUGGUCUUGAAAUUUGGGGUGGAGAAAACUUCGAGUUGAGCUUCAAACUCUGGAUUUGCGGCGGAGAGCUCUUAUUCGUACCCUGCUCGAGAGUUGGACACAUUUACAGAGACCUGGAGUGGAAUGGAAAUCCUCCCGUUUUUCGGCCGAGUUCUUCGGUGAGAAAUUAUCGGCGGGUUGUCGAAACUUGGUUUGAUGAUGAUUGGAAGAAAUAUUUUUACGCAGAUCGGCCUGAAGCGAAAAACAUCGAAUUUGGCGACAUUUCGAAGCAGCUUGAAUUCAGGAAAAAUCAUUGCCCUCAUGAUUUUGAUUGGUUUAUGAAAGAAAUCGCUUUUGGAGUUGCUCUAGAAUCACCGCCGCCUCCGAUGAAUAAAAUCUGGGGCGCCAUUCAAGUGCGAAAUACAUCCCAGUGUUUGGACGCAAAUAGCGGUUACGAGUACACUGGGAAAAUAGAAACUUGGAAUUGCAAUAAAUUGCGGCCUUCUCAGAUCUUCCGACUCACUGAAAACGGGAAACUGAGGCAAAGAGACUUGUGCGUAAAUUCGGAGAUAAAACUUUCCGAUGACUGUUCUGAGAAUGACGCUGGAUGGGAUUUUGAUGAAACGACUGGAAUGGUUUCGUUCUUAUUUCGCUUUGGAGACAACAAGGAAAGAAAAAGAUGUCUGAAAUUCAGAAAUAUCACGAAUUCAAGCGGAAGAGUCGUUUUUGCAGAUUGCGAUGCUGAUGAUAAAAAUCAGAAAUUUACUUUUGUCAACCUCUUUGUUUAA